CUGACUUGCUUCUCAUCUCAAUGCUCACUAGUCUCUGGAACUUUCUCGAAUUCUGACUUCUCUAGCUGAAUUGCCGGGUAAGUGCGCCCAACCCGGAAAAAAAAAUUCUCACUAAUGGCGAACGAUUUUUCAGUGAUCAAGUAACUUUGCUCAUUAACUUUAGUAUUUAAUACAAGUUAAAGUUACAAACACAAACACUAGCUAAGUUAGAAUACUGUAAGUCCAAGAUGUUAACAGCCAGAACCUCAGCCUCAGUCCAAUCCGUUGCCCGUCGUGUUAGUACUUUAAGUACUUUAAGUACUCGUGCUAAUUCAACUUCAUCAAAUGCUGGAGCCCCUGGUGGACCAGUUAUUGGUAUUGAUUUAGGUACAACUAAUUCAGCUGUUGCAAUUAUGGAAGGUAAAGUUCCAAAAAUUAUUGAAAAUUCUGAAGGUGGUAGAACUACUCCAUCUAUUGUUGCCUUUACCAAAGAAGGUGAAAGAUUAGUUGGUAUUCCAGCUAAACGUCAAGCUGUUGUUAAUCCAGAAAAUACUUUAUUUGCUACUAAAAGAUUAAUUGGUAGAAGAUAUGAAGAUAAAGAAGUUCAAAGAGAUAUUAAUCAAGUUCCUUAUAAAAUUGUUAAACAUGAUAAUGGUGAUGCUUGGAUUGAAGCAAGAGGUGAAAAAUAUUCUCCUCAACAAAUUGGUGGUUUUAUUUUAAAUAAAAUGAAAGAAACUGCUGAAGCUAAUUUAGGUAAACCAGUUAAAAAUGCUGUUGUUACUUGUCCUGCUUAUUUCAAUGAUGCUCAAAGACAAGCUACUAAAGAUGCUGGUAAAAUUGUUGGAUUAAAUGUUUUAAGAGUUGUUAAUGAACCAACUGCUGCUGCUUUAGCUUAUGGUUUAGAAAAGAAUGAUGGUGAAGUUGUUGCUGUUUUUGAUUUAGGUGGUGGUACUUUUGAUAUUUCUAUUUUAGAUAUUGGUGCUGGUGUCUUUGAAGUUAAAUCAACUAAUGGUGAUACUCAUUUAGGUGGUGAAGAUUUCGAUAUUGCUGUUGUUAGAAAUAUCGUUGAAACUUUUAAGAAAGAAUCUGGUAUUGAUUUAGAAAAGGAUAGAAUGGCUAUUCAAAGAAUUAGAGAAGCUGCUGAAAAGGCUAAGAUUGAAUUAUCUUCAACUGUUUCAACUGAAAUUAAUUUACCAUUUAUUACUGCUGAUGCCUCUGGUCCAAAACAUAUUAAUCAAAAAAUUUCAAGAGCUCAAUUUGAAAGUUUAGUUGAUCCAUUAAUUAAAAAGACUGUUGAUCCAUGUAAGAAAGCCUUAAAGGAUGCUGGAUUAUCUACUUCAGAUAUUUCUGAAGUUAUCUUAGUUGGUGGUAUGUCAAGAAUGCCAAAGGUUAUUGAAACUGUUAAAUCUAUCUUUGGUAAAGAACCAUCUAAAGCUGUUAACCCAGAUGAAGCUGUUGCUAUGGGUGCUGCCAUUCAAGGUGGUAUUUUAGCUGGUGAAGUUACUGAUGUUGUUUUAUUAGAUGUUACUCCAUUAUCUUUAGGUAUUGAAACUAUGGGAGGAGUUUUCGCUAGAUUAAUUUCUAGAAAUACAACUAUUCCAGCUAAAAAAUCUCAAAUUUUCUCUACUGCAUCUGCUGGUCAAACAUCUGUUGAAAUUAGAGUUUUCCAAGGUGAAAGAGAAUUAACUAGAGAUAAUAAAUUAAUUGGUAACUUUACUUUAUCUGGUAUUCCACCAGCUCCAAAGGGUGUUCCACAAAUUGAAGUUACUUUUGAUAUUGAUACUGAUGGUAUUAUUAAAGUUUCUGCUCGUGAUAAGGCUUCUAAUAAAGAUGCUUCUAUUACUGUUGCUGGAUCAUCUGGUUUAUCUGAUUCUGAAAUUGAAAAGAUGGUUAAUGAUGCUGAAAAAUUCGCUGAAUCUGAUAAAGCUAGAAGAGAAGCUAUUGAAAAUGCUAAUAGAGCUGAUCAAUUAUGUAAUGAUACUGAAAAUUCCUUAAAUGAAUUUAAGGAUAAAGUUGAAACUGCUGAUGCUGAUAAAGUUAGAGAACAAAUUGCUUCAUUAAGAGAAAUUGUUCUUAAAGCUCAAUCUGGUGAAGAAGUUGAUGCUGCUGAAUUAAAGACUAAGACUGAAGAAUUACAAAAUGAAUCCUUAAAAGUCUUUGAAAAAUUAUACAAGAACAAUGAAUCCAAUGACUCAUCUUCAUCAUCUGAAGAACCAAAGAAUUAAAUGACUUGAAAGAGUUAUUAUUAUUAGUUCAUUGAGUUUCUUUAACUAUCUAUUUUUACAUUCACGUCAUUCUUAUCCCAUUCUUUUCAUAUUAAUCUAUAAAUCAAACUGAUUAUGAAGUUGUUAUC